AUGUUUUAUGCGUGUUACACCAUAUUCGAAUGUUAUUAUGCAGUCAUUAUAAUAAUCGUUGUUAAUUGUAUAUAGUUAUACAUACCGAUACACGUCAAUAGUGACUAUGAAUAAUAUUUUAAUCGACCAAUUCGUGUUUUACGGUCUCUAGUCGGUUUCCUGCACGACGCUUCGGGUGUUUGUUAUGGAGCAAAAUGAAAGACAUCCUCGACCUGUUGACAGAUGACAGGAUUGUUUACUAUGGCUUAGCGGCCAUUAGCUGUGUACUUCUGUUCAAUUUGCUUGUAUGGGGAUGUUUGAGUUUCAUCAUUGUUAUUAUUUCAAUCGGUUGUGGAUAUUACAUAUUUGAUUAUGUUGAAAUUAUGUACCUUAAAAAAGUGUCUUCAAGUUUACUACCAUUCAUAAUACGACAAACUGAUCUUCAGUGCAUGAUAUUUUAUACUUUUCUACGAGAACUUUUUUCACUUUGGAUAUUAUUACCAAUAUCUGAUGUAAUAUGUAACCCAACCAACAUUGCUAUUGCUUGGUCAAAAUUAUCAAGAUCAUCAAUUAUUUCAACAACUAAAACAUGUAAAGAUGAACUAGUUGAAUUUUUAUCAAAAUUUAUUGCUGAAACUCAAAAUGAUACUGUGCAACUUGAAAUGCGUAGUAUAUUUAAAGAUUCUACUAUUUUAUCUGCAUUUACAGCUUUUUUGAAAAGAAAAGAUGCUGUACAUUUGUUACAGUUCUGUCUAGAUGUAGACCAGUUUAAUAAGCGCAUGUUAARACCGGAAAUAUCAUCUCAAGAAAUUGACAUGCUCUAUCGAGAUGCUUGGGAUAUAUUUUCUGUAUAUUUUAGUUCCCAUUCUCCAGAUUGCAUAAGUUUUGAUCCUGAGUUAGUGAGUCAACUGAGAAAAGUUUUAUCCAAGGAUGUUAUAAAACUUCAAAAUUCAAAACCACUAUAUCAAGCUUACGAACAAACAUAUUCUUUAUUACAAAAUAGUUAUUGGAUAGAAUUUCAUAAUUCUGAUGAAUAUUUUUCUUGGAUAUGUGGACCACGUAAUAUYCCAGAGACUAGUUCAUCUCAAGAAUCAUUGUCAAAUAGYGAAAAAAAAAAUCAUGCUUCUAAGCUUAGUCGCAAACUAAAUAGGAUAAAAGGAGCUAUGAAGUCAAGUACUAUAUAUGAUGGUCAAUUUGAUUCUUUAUCUUCUGAAUGUGAUCCUGAGUAUGGAGAAGAUCUAUCUAUUGAUAGUGAAAUCAUUAAUAGUGAAAGAGAUUUAAGCACUUGGAAGGUAACUGAUGUAACAUCAGCUAUGAAAUUAGAAUCUGGAUCCAAUGGUGGUCAAUCAUUAGUAUUUUUUAUUACUGUAGAAACAGUUAAAAAUGAUUCAAUCAAACAAUGGUGUGUAGAAAGAAGACUUGCUGACUUUUACACCUUAAAAUCAAAACUUACUGAAUUUCACGGAGUUUUUGUGGAUGCUCGAUUACCUUCAAGAAGAAUUUUAUUACAAAAAACAGAAAAUAAUGACAUAUAUAUGCAGUUUCUUAAUCAACUAUUACAAAAACCUGAACUUAAGGGAUCCGAUUUAUUGCAUAUGUUUUUAACGUCCAUGGACAAUUUUGAAGAUUCUGAAUCAGCUAUUGGAAGAUUAUUAAGGAAAUCUAUGCCGAUGAAUUUGAGAAAAGAACGUGGACAAAAUUUAGAAUCUUUCAUUUCUGUUUUUAUGGCUUCAGUCGAAACCAAACUAAAACAAAGACAUGAGUGGAAAGAUUUAAGUGAACAUCCUCCAGAAAAGAAAUUUAAAAUUGCCGAAAAUUCGAUUUUUGGUAAUAACUUAAAUAUAAUUAAAGAUGAAACCCAAACAACAUUAGAAGAAAUAUCAGAUCAAAUA